CUUUGCCCUCACGGUUCGCCCAAACAGGGUAUCCCCUUAUCCUCCUUCGUCCCAGCCCCCAAUCCCUAGCCCCUCCUUUCCACCGUCCGUACCGCCGCCAGCGACCAGAAGCGCUCAAGGACCUCGGCAAUCUCCUGAUCCGGUGGGAAAUCGUCAACGAGCCAGACCAGAUCCACCGGAGCAAUCAAGAUGGAUAAUUCUCAACAACAAUAUCUAUAUUACUGUAUGUGGAAGCAACGCACACUACUUGUCCUUUUUGUAAUGUUGGUCCUUUGGUGGAGCAAGAAAAAAGAGAGGAAGAAUAGAGCUAAACGUGUCAAGUAUGGUCCACUUGUCAAGAGAGAUAUUUGGAGGAGUACUGAACUAAUUAGACUGAUCCACACCUCGGAAAGGACGUGUUUGCGCCAGCUCAGGAUGUAUCCGGCCGUUUUCUACAAGCUGUGUGCUCACCUUAGGGACAAAAAGCUUUUGGCUGACACAAUUCAUGUGUCCGUAGAGGAGCAGCUAGCUAUGUUUCUGAAAAUUGUUGGGCAAUAUCACACUCAUUCCUCUGUAGGAUUUGCAUUGUGGCGAUCUGAAGAGACAGUGAGUAGGUAUUUUAACAUCGUCCUAUGUGCCCUUGUGAAGUUAGCCCGUGAAAUAAUCUGCACUCGGUCUACAGAUACACAUGCUAAGAUCACUACCAACCCAAACAAAUUUUAUCCCUACUUUGAGGGAUGUAUAGGGGCACUAGAUGGCACCCAUAUUAGGGCACGUGUGCCUUCAAAAUAUGUGGACAGGUUUAGGGGCCGCAAGCCAUAUCCCACACAGAAUGUCCUAGCUGCCGUGGAUUUCGAUCUUAGAUUCACGUAUGUUCUAGCAGGGUGGGAGGGAUCU